GUGUGCAGUAUGACUGACAUUUGAGUUCUAUUGGUGACACAUAUUUUACUCCCUAUCUUUUCUAUAUUCCCAGUAGUGGCCACACUCUGCUUCUCCUCUUCUUUUUAUUUAAGGAUUCAUUCAAGGGCGUUUAACAUCUCAGAGUGAAAGUCCAAUGAGUGCUAAGGAUUAGUACCAGCCUUUCUAAUCACGUUUCUGUGAUCCAGGUGUCUGUCACGCAACCCGCUGCUCUGUGUUUGACGUGCCACCGGCGAAGUAAACAAGGGGACAAAGAAAAAGACUUGUUCCUUCCUGACAGCGACGCUUUUAAGCUGGCUAACUUUGACUCAUAGAGUGUCUCAGCAGACCAUUAAACCACUGGAUAUUGAUUGACGUGGAUUACAUUACUGUGUGCAAUCUAGGAGUGACAAUCAAGGGAGGCACUUGGUCAGCUUGUGACCCUGCUGUCCGCGUGAGGUACAUCAGACCAGACGUGUCCUGAUCUGUGGCCAUCCAGUUAGACUUAAGUGAACUGGACAUACCACUUGUAUCGAAGGGGAGAUGAAACCUGAUGGGGUUAUCUCAGCAGCACUGGAGCCAAUGGAAACUUUGGAAUCCAGUCCAGUGAAUGAUGCGACACCGGAGAUGGGACAGGAGCCCAGCCAGGCAGCAAAUGCACUGGAGGAUGAAACGGCAAAGCAGCCUGCAGGUGAGGUGCAACCUCAGCCAGAGAAGGCCAAGGAAUCUCCAGCGGCCAAGACCGGCAACAAGACCUCUGGAGACCCCAAAGCCAAAACCACGAACAAGGCCACAGUGAAAACAAAACCCGGCGCUACCAAGACUACAACUGGCUCACGGCCCAACCCAACCCAAAGCCGCCUGUCAAAUGGCGUGUCUAAGCCGCAGACCAACGGUGUGACUAAGAAGACAACGCCUGCCCUGGAUAAAAAGAGCACUCCAACUUCUACAGCUCCUAAAAAACCAACAACCACCGCUGGGGCCCCAGCCUCUAGGAGUACCGCUAAAGUGAGUGAGAGGAAAGCUGCGUCCCCUGCCACCAAUGGCGCAAAGUCAGCAAUGGCAACUGCAACAACUAAGAAGGCAACAUCUACAACAGUUAAUGGUGUCAAAACCAGCACUGCAGCUGUGGCUAAAAAGCCCCCAGCCCCCAAACCUGCAUCUGCCGCUCCCACAAAACCCACCACUGCAUCCAAGCCUGAUAAGGCCCCGGUGUCCAAGACAGCAAGGCCCGCAACCGCCACAACAGUAUCCCGUCCUUCCACAGGCUCAACUCGACCAAUCUCUACCAGCACAAGCAAGAGCUCCCCAGCUACACCUAAACCUGCCACUCCCAGAGCCUCCAACGCUGCAUCGAAAUCAACCUCAUCUACUCCCUCUGCUGUCAAAACCCCAGCAUCACAAACCUCUAGAAACACAACCCCUGCAAAAAAAGAUGUUAUCAAACCUGCCACCCCAGCAGCCAGAAAGCCUGCAGAUUCUCCACUGAGCAGACCCUCAACAAUAAAAUCGGCAAAACCAGAGUCGCCGAAACCAGCAGCAAAAUCAGACAUCACAUCCAAAAAGCCAUCUAAAGUUGGAGACACAAAGACACCAAAAAGUUCCAAAACACAAGAGAAUAAGUCUAUGCCUUCCAAGGAUGCCUCUAAGACACCUGCCUCCAAAACAGUGGCAACCAAAAAUUCUAGUGCCAAGAAGACUGUGGGCAGCAGCACCCCAACUCCUGUGAAACGUGGACCCAAAGCAGGAGCAGCCACUGAAACCGGAAAGGAAAUUGCUGCUGCUGUAGCUGCAGCUGCAGCAAUUGCUAGUGCAGCAGCUACCAUUGCUGGGUCAGAUGAGCCAAAGCCACCUGCAGAAGCGGCCGUAGUGGCAUCUCUUGAUACUGCAGAGCAAAUGUCCAGUCAGACCACAUUGAGCUGUGCCGUACAAGAAACAACUCCCGAGCCGACUCCAGAACACGUACAUGAAUUAACACUAGAAACAACAGAACCUAUACGAGAACCUACACCAGAACCCAUGCCAGCACCAACACCAGAAUCCAUGCGACAGCCUACACCGGAACCUGUCCUAGAACCAACACCACAACCCCUUCAAGAACAACCAACAGAACUCAUGAGGGAGCUUACACCAGACGUUGGAGAAGCAUCACCAGAACUUACACAAUAUUUGGUUCGAGAACCAACACCCGAACCUGUGCGAGAAUCAACUCCAGAACCUAGUUGGGAACCCACACCCAAUAUUGAUAGAGAACCAACCCCUGAACUUGUGCGAGAAUCAACUCCAGAACCUAGUUGGGGACCCACACCCAAUAUUGAUAGAGAAUCAACACCCGAACCUGUGCGAGAAACAACUGCAGAACCUAGUUGGGAACCCAUAUCCAAUAUUGAUAGAGAACCAACACCAGAACCUGUACGAGAAUUCACUCCAGAACCUUGUCGGGAACCAACACCAGAACCGGUACGAGAAUUCACUCCAGAACCUUGUCGGGAUCCAACACCAGAACCGGUACGAGAAUUCACUCCAGAACCUUGUCGGGAACCAACACCAGAACCAGUACGAGAAUUCACUCCAGAACCUUGUCUGGAACCAACACCAGAACUUCUACAAGAGCCCACACCAGAGCCUUUGCGAGAGGUCACACCAGAACCUGUACGAGAUUUGAGUCCAGAGCCCCUGUGGGAAGCCACACCAGAACCCCUUCGCGAACCAACACCCGAAGCCCUACGAGGGUUCACCCCAGAACCUGUACAAGACCCAUUCCCUGAAACCGUACACGAGACAGUGCCAGAACCAACCCGAGAAUUGACACCACCGUCCAUAAAAGCUGAAGCACGUGAAAUGUCCCCCGAAGUCCCCGAUGAACCAGCCUUUGAGCCAUCAGAGGAGCCACAGCUAGGAGCUGGAUUACAUCAGGAACCUGGCUACAAUUUUCAGUUAACAGCUCACCACGACCUUUUUAAAUUUGAACAGUCUGCCAGUGAAUCAGUUCCCUCCCUGGGAACCACAGUCCUUUCUCCUCCGUCCUCCCCACCAGGUGCUGUCUCUCCUGUCGAAGAGUCUCAGAAUUCCUCUGCUCUGGUAAACAUGCAUAUCCAGCCAGAUCCCUGGAACAGGAACAUUGGUGACGAUGCUCCCCAGGCACCUCACAGUAUGAUGAAUUUUGCGUCAGAGGAGUAUAACGAACAGAUUGAGACAUGGGAGACGAGGAGAGAUGAAGAAGAGGAAGAGGAAGAAGAAGAAAAAGAGAAUAUCUUUACUUCUACUGCUCCUUCCACAGAGACUUUCACUAUGGCAGAGCCUCAGUUGUUGAGUGCCUUACCCGUGGAGGACUUUACUUCAAGGGACAUGAUGUCACCUCAUGAUCAGGAAGUAGCAGUGGAAAAGGCUGAUGAGGAAAUAAACGAAGAUGAUGACGAGGAUGAAGAAGAUGAGGAACAGAGGAGAUUAGGCCAUCAGCUCUCUUCCAUGACUACUGAUAUGAGCACCUCUCAGCCUUCUGAGGAGUUCCAAAUCCGCCCCUCUGCUUUUGGUGGAUCUUCUGGAUGGCACUGUGACGACCUGCUAUCAGGAAUGGACUCUGAGGACGUGAGCAGCUGCACCAGCAGUCGACAGCAGGGCAUUUCUGACCUCAGCAGCACCCAGCACACUGCAUUAUUAGAAGGCACCCAAAGCUCAGAUGCCCUGAUCGACUCAAGUCUCCGUGGCUCUGAAGGUGAUGGUAACCUCAUGGGCUCUCCCAAUGUGGAAACGCUGGCCAACGAGGAAGAUGAGGAUGAAGAGGACGAACGUGUGGACGAAAUGGACUUAAGUUCAGAGAGAGCAGAGGAGCAUCAUAAGGUGUUCCAGCAGCAGGAACAAGAUGAAGACGAGGAGGACGACGAUGUAGAGAUGCGCAGUGAAGGAGUAACAGAGAGCUGUGAGAAUGCAGAAGAAGAUGACUUUAAUGAGGAGGGACAUUUGGACAACCUCAACCAUGCUGAUCCUCCACCAUGUGUCCCUCCCACUUCUUCCUGGGGUCAGACAAACCCUUUUUGUGAUACCUGGGCUCAGCCAGCCUCACUGCUCCCCGUCUCUUCCCCCAGCCCUGUCUCAGACCAUGGUGCAGCCGAGUCCGAAACACCCACCCAGUCCCCUGCCCAGUCUGGUUUGGAUGGCAGUGCCCCUUUCUUGGCUCCUCUGUCGGGGCAAGACUACCAGCAGCAACAGUCAUUCUAUGAGAUGAAGAGCUCUGUCCUUGAGGAUACUCAGAAUAUGCUUGCUCCCCAGUCUAGUGCUCUCAGCGGUACAGCUCCUGCCGCCCACAGCGGCAGCGAGACAAGCACACCAGAGGAACUCCGGGACUAUGACAGCAGCUCAGGGGUGGAGUCCCGCUCAGACAAACAGCAGACUCCAGUUCCUGCUUCAGUCCAGCCAGACAUGGAGCAGGAUCUGGGUAUUCACUUAGAGAAAGGUGAUGGAGAAGAGGAAGAGGCUGAGACACUUCCUGCUGAUGAGGUCCCGGGAACAGGACCCCCUACUGCUCCGGCAUCUGCUCCAUCUUCUCCUACUACCUCUGUAGAUGAGGCCAGUGAUACAGAGGGUGAGAUGCAGAUAAAUGACCCUGAUGCAGCAGUGAUGAUGGGUGAAAGUGCAGGAUUUGAAAGCCCUACUCCGACAUGCAGUUUACCUGCGCUUGAUGAGGACGAGGAGGCAGGAGUUAUGCCACCUGGAGAUGGUGAAGAGGAUGGAGGCGGAGCCACUCCUCAGUCAGCCAAUUCUGUGGCAUCAUACGGCUUUGACUGUACCACCUCCAAUUCGAAUGCCCACUCCAUGGCUGAGAGCUGCGGAAAGAGCCCAGGUAUCUUCUCCUUGGAAAAUGAGGAGCAGCUGCCCGAGGAGGCCAAGGACCCCUCCCUCAUUAAGGAGCUGACCUUGCCAUCGGCUGCUGCUGCUGCCCAGGCUGAAGACCUGCUGGGUCGACCUGUGGCCCUGAUGCCUUUGGGUUUUCAACAAGAUAAACAGCCCGGUCUAGAUGAGCACCACUACAUGCUUGGGGGAGAGAUUACUGCACACCACUUAGAGGAGGCUGAUCCAUUGGAGGCCAGUCACCACCUUGGGCCCCAGGAAUCUGCAAACACAGAUGACAGCCAGCCGCUCUACUACUCUACCAUAUGUGAUAAGACUGAUUUUCUGGAAGGUAAUGUAUAAGCCCUUCACAAUUACCCCCUGGAAUGCACCUUUUCCCUGCAACCCUCCCCCUCUACCUAGUGUUUGUCUUCUCUCCAGUUGGGUUAGAUGGUUUAGAGGAACAAAAAAGGAGAGCAAGAUAUUAUGAGAAUUAAAAAAACAAAAAAGACCAAGGAGAUGGAAAUGUUGACUGGCAAUUUUGAAAUGAAGCCUCCCUCAGUUAUACUGUUAUGGUCACAGGUUUGAGUGUACGGCUCCGAUGUACAAUAGCGAAGACCAUUUUCUAGUAGAAUGUUGUUUUAAAGUCGCACUGCGUAUUCGGUGAAGGGGUACUGACUGAUUCGUCCAAUGUGACUGAACUUUUAAACUAAAAAAAAAAAAAAAAAAGAACAAAAACACACGGAACAAAGUGGACUCAUCUUGUAUUUAUCCUACUGUUUUUACCAAUCAAAUGUCAAUGAGUUUGUUUUUUUUUUUGUAUUUGGUUCUUUGUUUUAUUUUUUGUUUCUGUCAAAACCCGGUCCUCCCUGUUUUGCGUAUCUACACUCCAAGUUCAGCAGCACCAUAGCGAUAGUUACAUGCUUUUUGAAAAGUUUUAGUUGCAAGGUCUUAACACGGCUUACAGAUGUGUCAAGGUAGGUAUGCGAGUCUUAGAUUGCAGUUGGUUAAGGUGAAGUUUUUAAACGUGUCUUUCAACAGGCUUUCUUGUUUGCAUAGAUUGCUAAGUUGUAUAACAUGCAGUUACGAAAAGUGUUUCCAGCUUUUGAUUUUAAGUGUCUAAAAUACAAACCUCAGUUAGCACAGACGUUGUGACUAACUAGCCUAUUAUUUGUAAUUUGAGGCCAUGAAUUGUUCAUCUCUAUCGCAGCUUUUACACUUAUAGUGGACGUUUGGUUAACUCUUUCAACAAUAUAUUGCAUGUUUAACUAGCAAAAAGACUGUGUACUACCUGAUAACUUUGAAGGAAUUCUGCUCUAGUUCGUAAAGUAAUGGUUCACACUAGGUUGUCUUUCAAAAUUCCAUUAAAACAUCAUUGCAAGGCA